AUGAAGAAAAACAUACUCAAGCUUUAUUGGAAACUGACCCAUACGGGGGAUAAAGCAAAACUUACCAUAUUUGAUUCAGAGAAUUGUUUAGAUUAUUCUUCUUCUUCUUCCGGAAAUAAUAAAAAUGAUAAUCAAAAGCAUUCGAAUUUUUCAAAUAUUAAUACUGAACUUUCUUCUCAUUCCUGUUCUUCUUCGACAAUUACUUCAAUUUCUUCUUCAAUUUCUUCAUGGAGAAAUGAGGAUAAACGAAAAAGUUCUGAUUAUGUAAAUAAAUCUAGUAGCAACACACUUCCACCAUCAUUUAAUACAUUUAAUCGUAAUAGUAUGGGACAUCAAAGAAAGGUAUCACAUAAUAUAGAUUUGAUAGGAGAAAUGAUUAAUAGUUUUAAUAGUAAUUCGCCGGGAAGAAGAAGUUCAUUUUCUUCUACCAAUAGUGAUGCUUCUAUAUCAUCAAAUACUAUUAUUAAUAGUAAUACGGUGGGAGGAAGUUAUGAACUUUCAACACGUAGAAUUUUUUAUGAUGAUUGUUCGGAAUCAAGUGAUGAUGAAUCUUUUCGUAAUGUACCUUCAUCAUAUAUUUCACCUUCUCCAUCAUCAAUAUUAAGUGCUGCUUCCGCUAGUACUUCACUAUCAUCAUCAUAUUCUUAUUCUACCAGUCCAAGAAAUACAUUUAAUACUAGAAGAAUACGAAGAUUUAGUCAGACAAGUAUGGAAAAUGGGAUUUUUAAUCCAACCCCGUUACCCGGAACAUCGAAUUAUAAUAUGAAUAAUUAUAGUUAUGAUAAUAAUAAUCAUAACAAUAAUGUGAAUGUGAAUAAUAUCAGCAUAAAACUACCAGCACGUUCUUUGAUGUAUUCUGUUGGAGUAGUUAUAUCAUUAGAAGAUAAUCAAUUAUUGGAAGAAUUUAUCUUUUCACAUUUCGCGUUGUUAGAAAACAAAUUACAUCAACUUCAAUCAUAUGCGUUCCGGAUAUUAUCUCAUUUACUUAAAAAAUCAUCAUCUCCAUCAUCUAUUAAUGGACCUAAUUCUAUAUUUUGUCAACCGAGUCGACAAAAAAUUUCAAUUUCUCCAUUAGUAGCACUUAUGAUACAACAUGAACCAUUAUGGUUAGAAGCAGUGAAACGAUUCAAGAAUUCUAUAUAUCAAUUAUAUAGUACACCACGGAUACAGGAGCCUCUAUGGUUGAACAUUUCGACAUUUCCACAAAAAAGAAAUUUACUCGCUAAAUGCUUAUUGGAUGAAUUAUCUUACUUAUUAGAAAAGUUUGAUGAGAAAAGGACAAAUUAUGUAUUAAUGCACCAUUUAUCAUGGGUUCCGACAGUUGCUCCUACGGCUGAUUUUGAAGAAGGGAUACGAAAAAAUUUGUUUUAUGAUCCAUUGUGGGCUCAAUUAGGUGAUUUAUAUGGUAGUAUAGGAACUCCUUCAACAAUGAGUAGAACUAUAAUUGUGGGAAAUGAUGAUGCAAAAAAUGCUGUUCGACGAAUUUUAUUCGUAUUAAGUUAUUUUAUACGAUGUAAUGAAGUAUAUGAAAAUGUUGAGAAUAUGAUCCCAUUAGAUGGACAAAAUUCUUUGAUGAAAGAAUCAAAUAUUGAAAAAACUAAAGAAAAUGGGGAAAAUAUUAAGAAUAGUGAAAAUAGUAAUAAAAUUGAGGGUAGAAAUCAUGCUAAUCAUUCUGAAAAUGGGAAAACCUCUGAUCAAUUAUUUGCAAAAUCAUAUGGAAGAUCUUUAAUGGUUGGAUGCUGUGAUACUUACAUGUCGGAUUUUGUAUUAAUGGGUCUUCCCAAAUAUGAUUUUCAAGAGUCGUUAGAAGCUGAUCUCAAAGAAUCUCUAAAGAUGCAACCAUUUUCACUCCAGGAUCCAGUAUCAAGAUCAGUUUGUAUUUUAGGACAAAUAAAUUCUUCUAAUUGUUCAGUUUCAGUUUUAGGUUAUGAUGCAUAUGGCAAUAAUAAUGGCAAAAAUUCUCCAGCUAGUAUUCAGGGAGAUCAUAUUAGAAAUGGGGAUGGAUAUGUUAUUCCAUUACAAACUUCUAAUUAUAUAUUUAAUAUGUUACAUCAAUGUAUAGAGUUAUAUACGAAAAUGGGAUUACCUGCUGAAUCUUGUAUAGAGUAUAUGGAAGAUCAAUUAAGAAUAUUAUAUUAUAAAGCAGUUAUGCAUAAAAAAUUAUUAAACACUACCAUUGCAACCACUACCACAAAUCCCACAUCAGGUGUUGGUAGUAUCUCAAUAUCUUCUCCUUUAAUGUUCUCUAAAGUUGCUGAUGAUAUUGUACCUAUUAAUAUAUUAGAAACUUUAUCAUUACAGCAAUCUGAUUUACAAUUGAUACAUGCUAUUAAUUUUGUUCAAUAG